UGUAAUGGCCGACAGCUUCAUUGUAUUUGAUGAUGUUCUUGGUGAGAGAUUCAGAGACAGACUGAAGCUGGACGAUCAAACUGGAUCUCUGAUCAUCACAAACACCAGAACUGAACACACUGGACUCUAUAAACUACAGAGCAACAGUGUGAGCAAGAGAUUCAGUCUCACUGUCUAUGCUCGUCUGCCUGUUCCUGUCAUCAGCAGAGACUGUUCUUCAUCAUCAUCAUCAUCAUAUUGUUCAUUGUUGUGUUCAGUGGUGAAUGUGAGUCAUGUGACUCUCUCCUGGUACAAAGGAAACAGUUUAUUGUCCAGCAUCAGUGUGUCUGAUCUCAGCAUCAGUCUCUCUCUACCUCUGGAGGUGGAAUAUCAGGAUAACAACACCUACAGCUGUGUGCUCAACAAUCCCAUCAGCAACCAGACCAGACACCUGGACAUCAGCGAACUCUGUCACACAUGUUCAGAAGUUCAUGUCAGUUGUUGCGCUACUGUUGAAGCUGUGAUCCGAUUGGUCGUCACUGCUCUGAUGGGCGUGGCUGCUGCAGCUGCUGUUGUUCUUCUGGUCAAUGACAUCAGAUCUACAAGAGCUUGAAAGAAAACAGAACAGAUCAAAGAUAUUGUGACAUAUAAUGGAGUUUUAAUUUUACAGAUGAAAAUAUGCGUGGUCCUGUUGUUUAAUCAUGGCAAAACAAAGCUUUGCUCUCCAUCUAGUGGCCAAAAUGAUGAAUAUUCUUUAUUUAAUUUUUAAAUUCCCAUCCAUUUUACAUUUAUUUGUUUUCAUUUCCCCCUUAAUUUAUGUUGAUGUUUUUUAUUUUGUUACAUUAUCUGCAGCAACCCCACAAAUACACAAGUAAAAAUAUUUGUUAUGAUUUUUAUCGAAAACUAAAUAUUACACACUGAAAAGAUGAAAGAUCUAUGAAUCAUAUGCCUAUAUUUUAAUUAAAGGGGUGUCAUAAUGAAAACCUAAAACAGUUUUAAGCAGCAUAUUUUAAAAACCACAUAGACAAUUUAAAUGGCUAUAUUUCAUUAAUAAUCUAUAUUAAUAAAAAUUGAGAUGUGUGAUUGAAAGGAGUAUUUGAUGUGAUGUGUAAUUGAUCUCCUUCUGGCAGAUAAUGUAUAAUGUGAUUGCUUCUUGUAUUAUUAAAAAAAAAAAAAAAGAAGCAGAACAGAUAGAAAUAUUGUGAGUGUUAAUCUGUAAUAAUGAUUUACACGUAUGCAUUUUCAGAUGCUUUCAUCCAAUUCGAAUAUAUGGUGUACGCCGGGGCCAUCUGGUGGUCGAUCAGUCUGUGGCACUGCUCAGGUGUUAUGAGAGCCCAGGUUGCUCUGAUAGUGGCCUUCAGCUCAUCUGCAUUGUUGGGUCUGGUGUCUCUCAUCUUCCUCUUGACAAUACCCUAUAGAUUCUCUAUGGGGUUCAGGUCAGGCGAGUUUGCUGGCCAAUCAAGCACAGUAACACUAUGGUCAUUGAACCAGCUUUUGGUACCUUUGGCAGUGUGGGCAGGUGCCAAGUCCUGCUGGAAAAUGAAAUCAGCAUCUCCAUAAAGCUUGUCAACAGAAGGAAGCAUGAAGUGCUCUAAAAUUUCCUGGUAGAUGGCUGCGUUGACUGUGGACAUCAGAAAACACAGUGGACCAACACCAGCAGAUGACAUGGCAGCCCAAAUCAUCACUGACUGUGGAAACUUCACACUGGACUUCAAGCAACAUGGAUUCUGUGCCUCUCCACUCGUCCUCCAGACUCUGGGACCUUGAUUUCCAAAUGAAAUGUAAAAUUUACUUUCAUCUGAAAAGAGGACUUUGGACCACUGAGCAACAGUCCAGUUCUUUUCUCCACAGCCCAGUUAAGAUGCUUCUGACGUUGUCUCUGGUUCAGAAGUGGCUUGGUAGCCCUUUUCCUGAAGACGUCUGAGCGUGGUGACUCUUGAUGCACUGACUCCAGCUUCAGUUCUCUCCUUGUGAAGCUCUCACAAGUGUUUGAAUCGGCUUUGCUUGACUGUAUUCUCAAGCUUGCGGUCAUCCCUGUUGCUUGUGCACCUUUUCCUACCCAAAUUCUUCCUUCCAGUCAACUUUGCAUUUAAUAUGCUUUGAUACAGCACUCUGUAAACAGCCACACCUUUCAGUAAUGACCUUCUGUGACUUACCCUCUUUGUGGAGGGUGUCAAUGUUCGUCUUCUGGAUCAUUGCCAAGUCAGCAGUGUUCUCCAUUAUUGUGGUUUCAAAGAACAAGAGAUACCCAGAAUUUAUACUGUAGGGAUGGUCAUUAAUUGAAACUCAAAUGUAAAUAUUCUAAUAUUUUGAGAUCCUGUUUUUUGACUUUCAUGAGCUGUAAGCUCUAAUCAUCAAAAUUAAAAGAAAUAAACAUUUGAAAUAUAUCAGUCUGUGUGUAAUGAAUGAAUAUAAUAUACAAGUUUCACUUUUUGAAUGGAAUUAGUGAAAUAAAUCAACUUUUUGAUGAUAUUCUAAUUAUAAGACCAGCACCUGUAUAUUGUCAAUUACAGUUUCUUAAUUUGUUACAUUGCUUAGCACUUUUUCUUUUUUUUUUCUUCUUUUUUUUUUGUAUGGAACAACGAUACAAAUGCUUUAGAAAGACCAAUAAACACAGUAAAGUUAAAACUGAAAACUGAGUAGCACCAACUGAUACACAUCUAUGAAUCAUAUAUAAGCCUAUAUUUUUAGUUUAAGGGUUAUAUAACGGUUUACUAUAAUUUUACAGUAGUUUUUUUGUCAUGAUGCUGGCAUAUUUUACUUGUGAUCGUAAUUACUGUAUAUGGAUAAUGUGUUAAUUUUACAUUAUUGAUUAUAGCAGCCCUGAUUCUACAGCUUGAGAUCCAGCGAUGUUAAGAUAUCUAAAGGAUUUAUUUAGAACUACUUUAUCACACAGACAUAAAGAAUCAGUGAAUGAAUCUCAACAACCGUGACAAUCAAGAGAUUCAGAUAAAUAGAUCAACUCUGAACAUCACAAAACAAGCAACUAAAGUCACAAAAAACUGGGAGUCAUGGAUUAGUUUGAUUGUUGGUUCCAGCAUGCAUUGCAGCAUGAAGUUUUAUGUUGUUUGUCAGCAUUGUUGAUAAAAAGUCAAGUCUUCUUUUAUUUUAGCUGAUUUUAUGUAAGUCUGUGGUUGAAAGUGAAUUACGUUGUGUUUUUA